GGAUCCUCCCUGCACCUCCUUUCUGGGACCAUACCCAUGAUCGCCCCUCAAUACCUUGUGACUUUCUUUCUUCUCCUGGAGAUGGUGAAUUCGGGUGCCAAGAAACAGAGUUCGGCCGUGUCCCUGUCUGACACAAUCCAGAAGUGGAGAGAAUACAGAGAGCAAUGUAUGAACGCCCUGCAGCAUGUCCCGCCCACCGUGACAGGCAGAUUCUGCAACCGAACAUUUGACGAUUACGCCUGCUGGCCAGACGGAGUUCCUGGAACAUACGUGAAUGUUUCCUGUCCCUGGUACCUCCCCUGGGCACACAAGGUGGCACACGGCAAGGUGUUCCGGUAUUGCACCCUGGAGGGCACCUGGCUAGUCAGAGAUUCCAAGGAGAACUCUACUGUCCCCUGGAGGAACCUGUCAGAAUGUGAGGACCAGUCAUUGAAGGUGCAGCCGGAAGAGGAGCUGUCCUCUCUCUCCAUUAUCUAUACCAUUGGAUACUCCUUGUCCUUCUCAGCGCUGGUCAUCGCUUCCAUCAUCCUGGUGAUAUUCAGACAUCUCCACUGUACCAGAAACUACAUCCACCUGAACCUCUUCACCUCUUUCCUCCUGAGAGCCAUCUCCGUCUUUAUUAAGGACUCCGUUUUGAAGUGGAUGUAUAAUAUCGCCAUAUAUGACAACCAGUGGGAGGGGCUUAUCUCCUACCAGGAGUCGCUCAGCUGCCGGUUGGUGUUCGUCAUGAUGCAGUACUGUGUGGCAGCCAACUACUACUGGCUCCUGGUGGAAGGGAUCUACCUGCACACCUUGCUGGUCGUGUCAGUCUUCUCUGAGCAGAGGCUUCUCCGUGUCUACAUAUGCAUUGGCUGGGGUUUCCCGAUGCUGUUUGUCCUCCCCUGGGGUGUAGUCAAGUACCUCUAUGAAGACGAUGGCUGCUGGACCAGAAAUUAUAAUAUGAACUACUGGCUCAUCAUCCGUCUCCCCAUCCUUGUCGCCAUCGGGGUGAAUUUUGUGAUCUUCAUAAGAGUCAUCUGUAUCAUCAUCUCUAAGCUGCAGGCCAAUCUGAUGUGCAGGACGGACACCAAGUGCAGACUAGCAAAGUCCACUUUGACGCUGAUCCCUCUACUGGGGACACACGAGAUAAUUUUCGCCUUCAUUACCGAUGAACACGCCAAAGGAUCUGUGCGCUACAUCAAACUUUUGUUUGAACUUUCCUUCAGCUCAUUCCAGGGACUGAUGGUUGCGGUUUUGUACUGCUUCAUGAACAAUGAGGUUCAGACUGAGUUUCAGAAAAGGUGGGAACGAUGGAGACUGGAGCAUGUAUACAGCCAGAGAGACAGCAGCAUGAAACCCAUGAAAUUCCCGGCAAACAGCCUGAGCAGUGGAGUCACCGUGGGCAGUAGCGUCUAA